CUACUUGGAUGCACAGCUGACGACCAUAUCAUAAUUACUCAUUGGAGGUUAAAGAAGACAAGUGCCCUCUUUCGAUACUCCCUUCCUUCUCUUCGUCCAUCUUUACUCCAAUACAUUUCAUGGACUUGCCUAAAUUUCUUGCCACUGUGUUACUGAUCUGUCUUCUCACCUACGAAUCCUAUGUGGAUGCAGCAUCGGAGGAACAAGAUUUUCUAAGAACUUGUUCGUCUCAUCGCUGCAGCAAACAUGGACCUGAGAUCCGGUUCCCGUUCCGGCUUUCGAUCGACCCACCAUCGUGUGGCGCACCAGGCAUGCAGCUGUCAUGCUCCGGGCAUGACACCAUCCUGGAUCACCAUGUUCUUGGGUCUUGCAGAGUGACCGCGAUCUAUUACAGGCACCGUGUCAUCAACGUCAUCCCGCUUGUGGAAUCAUCGAUGGAAUGCCCACUUCAGAAGCUCAUCUCAACAAAUUUAGAAACUGAUGUGUACAAACAACCUCAAUCAUCACAAGUUACGACCCUGGUACGUUGUUCAACUGAUUUCAUACCAGCGGAUCCAUACAGUAUAGCUGGCCCAGCUUCUUGUCUCAGUAACAACGCUACCCAAUUCUGGUAUUUGGCAUCAUUUUCUGCAUCCAUUACUGAUCUCCCAUGGAACUGUGUGGCCAUUAGUAAAGUCAUCCCAAUACCCUUCACCUAUGAUGAACAUGGCCCUAACAGAGACCCGGACACCUUCAAAGAAAAAGCAAAGGCAGUCUUCAACUAUGGUGAGACAACCUUCACUUGGCACCUCACUACCAUUACCGAUGCCUGCCAACAGUGUGAACAUGAAGGUCGACGUUGUGGAUUUAGCACACAAAGGCGUCAAGCAUUCUGCCAGCAACAUGAUAUGCGUGCCAUCCGAAUUGCAGCCUCAUCUGUAGCUGCAUUUGUAGUUCUUUCAUUGAUUGUGGCCACUGUGAUAUAUCUCUCCUUGAAGUCAAGGUACAAUGAAGAGAUAAAUAUGAAGGUUGAAAUGUUUCUCAAGGCAUAUGGCUCAUCAAAACCCACAAGGUACACUUUCCCUGAAGUUAAGAAGAUAGCAAGACGGUUCAAGGAUAAACUCGGCCAAGGUGGAUUUGGAAGUGUGUACAAAGGUGAGCUACCAAAUGGAGUGCCUGUGGCAGUCAAGAUGCUAGAGGGCUCCACAGGAGAGGGAGAGGAAUUCAUCAAUGAGGUUGCAACCAUUGGACUAAUCCACCAUACAAAUAUCGUCCGUCUCUUGGGCUUUUGCUCUGAAGGAAUGAGACAGGCUCUUAUUUACGAAUUCAUGCCUAAUGAGUCACUGGAGAAAUACAUAUUUCCACAAGUUUCUAAUACUUCUCGACAACCCCUAGCAACCAACAAAAUGCUAGAUAUUGCUUUAGGCAUUGCUCGAGGAAUGGAAUACCUGCAUCAAGGCUGCAACCAGCGCAUCCUCCACUUUGACAUCAAGCCACAUAACAUCCUGCUGGACUACAACUUCAAUCCGAAGAUCUCAGACUUUGGCCUUGCAAAGCUAUGUGCAAGGGACCAAAGCAUCGUUACCUUGACUGCAGCAAGAGGCACCAUGGGAUACAUCGCACCAGAGCUAUAUUCUCGGAACUUUGGAGGGGUGUCUUACAAGUCAGAUGUGUACAGUUUCGGCAUGCUGGUGUUGGAAAUGGUGAGCGGGCGGAGGAACUCAGACCCAAGUGUUGAGAACCAGGACGAGGUAUAUCUCCCGGAGUGGAUCUACGAGAGAGUAAUCAGUGGGCAUGAAUGGGAGCUUACUUCAGAAAUGACAGUAGAAGACAAAGAAAAGAUGAGGCAGCUGACUAUUGUGGCUCUGUGGUGCAUCCAAUGGAACCCCAAGAAUCGGCCAUCAAUGACAAAGGUGGUAAACAUGUUAACAGGGAGGUUGCAGAACCUACAGAUUCCCCCCAAGCCCUUUGUGUCAUCUGACAAUCGUCAUAUGCCACAGAACACGACAAACACAUGAACACGCAUUGCAUGUUUACGUGUGUAUCAUUACACGUUUGAGGGAACUUAUCUCGCAUCUGUGUUGUAAACAGUAAUUCCUUGGCACUAGCUUGGCCAAUGUUCGAUUACAUACUGAACCACAUGGGAUUUUGCAGUACCGUUAACACUGCAUCUGUAUCUUACUCCCAUAU